ACUCACUGUCGGCGACACCCGCCAUUUUAGAUUUUUGUGUAGUCCCACGCAGUGAUCCAGACGUUUUACAAAUAGCAGUAUAAUUUUAUUGAGCGUGAUUAUUCUUAAAUGGAAGUGAAGUUUAAGUGCGAAGAAUGACGCAGUUUUUGCCACCGAAUUUGCUGGCUCUCUUCGCACCUAGGGAUCCAAUACCCUAUCUACCACCAGUCAGCAAACUACCGCAUGAGAAAAAGAAUGGAGGGUAUCUUGGCGUCGGGGCAUUCCUCAAGUAUUUUGAGGACCCAAAAGACACACCGCCUCCAGUUCGCGUCGAGACCAGAGAGGAGAGACUAGAAAGACGACGGCGUGAACGUGCAGAGCAGGUUGCUUAUAAAUUGGAACAGGAAAUUGCUGUUUGGGAUCCAGCUGGAAUUCCUAACGUCACUGCAGACCCCUUCAAAACCCUCUUCAUUGCUCGAAUCAACUACGAUACAUCAGAAUCAAAGCUGAGAAGGGAAUUCGAGGUUUAUGGACCAGUAAAGAAGAUUGUGGUAAUUCAUAAUACAAUCAAUGGAAAGCCAAGGGGGUACGCAUUCAUUGAGUAUGAGCACGAAAGGGACAUGCACUCGUGGUGGCCGCUGCCGGCAACUAGUGCCGUUCACUAUUCCAUGCAAAAUCCCUGAACCUGCCUGAAUAUGAUAGCUGCGUAUAAGCAUGCGGAUGGUAAGAAAAUAGAUGGUCGCAGAGUUUUGGUGGAUGUGGAGCGUGCAAGGACUGUUAAGGGAUGGCUGCCAAGGAGACUUGGGGGUGGACUCGGUGGUACCAGAAGAGGUGGACCUGAUGUUAAUAUCAAACAUUCAGGAAGAGAGGAUAAUGAGAGGGAGAGGGAGAGAUAUCGAUUAGAGAGGGAGAGGGAAGCGUCUGGAAGGGGCAUGGACAGAGAACGUGAUCGUGAUCGAGUUGAUAGAGAGCGUCGGAGAUCUCGCGAGCGCAAGAGACGCUCGCGCAGUAGAUCGCGCGAUCGAAAACGUCGGCGCAGUAGAGAUAGGGCCCUUGAGCCCGAAAUUGAGGAGAUCCAGAGGGAGGAGAGAACACGUGACAGGCGUGAUCGGGACAGAGACCGUGACAGGGAGAGGGAGCGAAAGAGGAGACGGUCCCGGAGUACUGAGCGCUCUGAUCGCGAUCGCGAGAGGAAGAGGGACAAACGGGACAGGGAUCGUGAGCGCAGGGAUAGGAAGGACAGGGAGAGGGUGCCUGAUGAGGAUACCAAGGAGAUCCGCAUCAAGGAGGAGCCCAUGGACGACUAUCCUGAUUAUGCAAACGCUUAUCCCCCUUCGACUCCUUAUUUCGCACAAGUGAAAUACGAAGAUGACAGUGAAGUCGAGGAGAAAUACAGGAUUCCCGAGGGCCGCACCGAGCAGCCAUCCUACAAUUACGAUUCUGUACCCGACUAUUAACAAUAACCAAUAGCCCCAUGAUUUGUCGAAUGAAUUCAAUGAUUUUCGAUGGACGAGCAAUCCCAUCGAGAAUACUCCGUGUUCGUAACUAUCUAAAGUUGGUGUGUAAAACUCAAUAACUGUGAAUUUAUUUUUGCCAGAUUGAAUAAUGCAAGUUUUCCUGUCCCUAAUAAUUCCGGUUCGGUUGAAAGUUUAAAUGAAUUUUCUCAACGAGGAUAGCAGAUCCAAUUAAAACGUUUCGACACAAAAUACGAUUCCCCUAAUUAAUUCAGGUGAUUCAGAGUUGAGGGAAAUGGGGACUCGUUAUUCUUCAGUUAAUCGAUUAAAAUUAAAUGGCAUUCAAUCUGUACAUAUUAUAAGUUUGGAAGAUUAAUUCGUCAUUAUUCUUGACUGCUGUAUGUAUAUUUAUACAUAUGGAAAUAAUAGAAAUAAAGAAAGAAAUUUAAGAUGA